UACAAGACAACAGCUGAUUGCGCUUCUUUUCGCUGGUACAAGAUCAACCAAAGCAUUUCACAAGAUUUUUCGAGACAAACCAGUUCCCACCAAAUUGAAAUGGAGAUGGAAUCCAUAUGCAGGCUGUGCCUGCAAGAUGGUCCAGAUCUGACUUCGGUUUUCGCUGAAAUGGUAAGCAUAACGGGACCGCCUUUAGAAGAAGAUGCAGAGAAACUCAUCCGGCUGUAUUUGCCCAUUCAAAUCAUCAAAUCGGAAAACACCAUGUAUCCAGCUAUUUGCAGUGAUUGCAGCCAUCAGAUCGAGCAGUGGCAUCGAUUCUACCUGUCGUGCAUCGAUAAUGACAAAAUCUAUCAGCAACGACUCUUGGAGCAUCAACUUGACUCAAUUGAAUUUCCGGUUCCAUUGAAAGAGGAAUUAAUGGACGAGGAAGAACCGAGCUACGUGGAUCAAUAUCUGGAAUUUGAAUCAGUCGAUGUUGGUGCCAGUGAACUGACUAACGGUGACAUUGCUGAUUCGGAUCACUAUUCAUACGAUUCCGAUUUUUGUCCAAAAAAGUCGAAAGCCAGGUCGAAAAAAAUGCAAACAACAGCACCGAAGAAGCGUGGCAGACCGAGUCUGAAGUCAAAGGAGGACAAGUUGUGGGAAGAGGAAAUGGGUUUGAACCAGCCGAGGGCGAAAAAACCGCGUGCACUCAGAGUCGAGUCUUUGGAUGCGAAAAAGAAACGUAAACCCGAUACAAAGAUGUGUCCCAUUUGUGGUAAAUUCUUCGUGAGUUUGUUCGAGCAUUUGCGGCACCACCAGAAUGAUAAAAAGUACCAAUGUUCGCACUGUGAGAAAAAGUUUAUCGGUAGGUCAAAUUAUUUGACCCACCUGAACAUCCACACCCGGGAGAAAAUGUUCAAGUGCACGCUCUGCGACCGACAGUACAUGUACACGAAAAGCCUGAAGAUGCACAUGAUAUCGCACGCCGGGGAACGCACGUUCCAGUGUACGGUUUGCAAAAAAAUGUUCCUGCAGAAGUCUUCCAUGGAGAGACACAUGCGUAAUCACUUCGAGGAACCGAAGAUCAAGUGUGACGAGUGUGGUCAUUUGUUCUACGCCAGGGGAGACCUGAACAAGCACAUGAAAACACACCAAUCGUUCAAGGAGUUCAGCUGUGAGAUCUGUGGUCGCGCCUUCGGACGGAAAGAUAAUCUUCGGACACACAUGAAGGUACACCAAAAGAAGCCGAAAGAUACAAAAACCACCGAUUACCCACCCGAUAGAACAGCAGUGGAGGAAUAUGGGAUAUCCUACGUAGAUGAUUAGUUUAACGUAAGCUCCACGCCAUGUUGUGUUCUGAAUACACCGGGUAACAACUAAAUCAA